UAGAGGGAGUAGUUGCCUUUCCCUGGCCCAGGAGGCGGUCUCAGUGCCGCACCCGGGACGGUGCAUACAGAGAGAAGGAGAGAGUGAGAGAGACUCAGAGCCAGGAGCACAUUUGUCGGGAGCUGGGAGCAAGCAUGAGCGGCUCGGAGAGGCUGGCGAGCGGGCAGAGGGGCUGCAGCCGCCGGGGCAGCACUGCCAGCAGUGGGGGAACAUCGGACAGUCCGGGGGAUGAGCCCGGCUCCGUGUCCGCCGGCAGCUACUGGCAAGAUCCGCUGGCUAUUGACAUGAGCCGGCGGGCAGUGCCUGCUCCCCGGGUCCGCAGGGCACUCCGAGCCGUCUAUGUGAUCAAUGAGACGGUAAAUCCACAAUCCCCGGACAGCCUGGCACUUAAGUGUUUCCGGGAAGCUUGCGAAGAUGCCCACGCUGUCCUGGAGACAGUGCCCUUUGGUAGGUUGGUGCUGGGGGAGACUGGCACCUUGGACUGUUUCUACAAUGCAGAUGUCGCAGUGGUGGAGAUGACUGACCCUUACUGUCAACCUUCACUCUUUUAUCAUCUUGGGGUACGGGAGAGUUUCAGUAUGACGAACAACGUGGUGCUCUGCUGUGACAGCAAUCUUACAUCAUUGCAGUCACUACAGGAUAUCAUUUGUCAGAGAAAUAUGGGGUGUUAUGGGAACUACAUCUUCAUUCCAUACAUCGUGACGACCAGUGGUAAGGUUUUCUGCUGUGAAGCCAGUAUGAUGAAGUGCCUGACCGAGAUGUUCCAACCUCACUUUAACCUGGAGCCUCUCCUCAUGCCCUUGGUCGAUCGUCUGACUAAACUGCUGGAGGAGACCCAGAUCAACUCUUGUGAAUAUUUCCGGGAAAGUAUUCGUAAUGAAAUCCGCAAAGCGAGAGAGAUGUACAGUGGAAAGGAGCUACGAGAAGCACUUGCACGAAUCCAACAGCAGCUGGACAGUGUGGAGCUCCUGAGCGCUGACAUUGUAAUGAACCUACUGCUGUCGUACCGUGACGUACAGGAUCUCAAUGCAACUAUCAAGCUGGUGGAAACCCUGCAGAAGCUGCCAACGUGCAAUGUGGCAGAACUCCCGAAUAUUAAGUUUCAUUACUGUUUUGCAUUAAACAGGAGGAACCAACCUGGAGAUCGGGAGAGAGCACUGUCCGUGAUCCUGCCGGUGGUGGAGACUGGGAAGCAGAUCUCAUCUGAUCUUUACUGCCUGUGUGGGCGCAUAUACAAAGAUAUCUUCAUCAGCUCUGACUUCACUGACUAUGAGAGCCGAGACAAGUCUUGUUACUGGUAUGGGAUGGCCUUUGAGCAUGAGCCCACACUGCACUCAGGGAUUAAUGUUGCUGUGUUCCUCAUGGCAGCCGGCCAUAAAUUUGACACCUCACCUGAACUUCGGAAGAUAGGUAUGAAGCUGAGCAGCUUGCUGGGACGGAAGGGAAGUCUGGAGAAGAUGCAGUUCUACUGGGACGUGGGCUUUUUCUUGGGCGCCAGCAUCUUAUUCAAUGACCGGACAAAGAUCAUUCAGGCCUCGGAGAAGCUGUACAGAUUGAAUGCACCUGUCUGGUACCUGGCAUCUGCAAUGGAGACCUACUUACUCUACAGGCGCUUCAAGAUGGACACCAGCGAGCAGCCUUUGGCCAAACAGGACCUGGUAGACUUCUGGAUGGAAUUCCUCUUGUCAAUCUGCAGGGACAAGGCACCCACAGACAAAUUCCUGGUCCUCAUCCUGGAGCCAACAAAGGUCUUCCAGCCCACACACCUGACAGUGAGCAGCAGUGACAAGGACAAGGCUGUGAGCAUGUGGCAUGUCUCACCCGCUGAAGAGAAUGGAAUCCACACAUGGAUAUUCAGUGUAACCUCCAUCCGUGGUGUCAGCGUCUCAAAGUGUAACGAACGUUGUUGCUUCCUCUAUGUGCUGCACAACUUUGAUGACUUCCAGCUCUACUUUCCAACGGAACUGCACUGUAAGAGAUCAUGUCCUGUAUUGAAUUCUUUCACUGAGGAAUCCCAGUUGAAUGCAGAUGAUGCGCUGAGAGUGAGGGAGGAGCUAUUGGAGUAUAAGUACGAAUACACCGAGAACGGAGAAAGGCUGAUUCUGGGGAAGGGAACUUAUGGGAUUGUGUACGCAGGACGGGACAUGAACAAUCAAGUCCGCAUCGCCAUCAAAGAGAUUCCAGAAAGGGACAACAGGUACUCACAGCCUCUUCAUGAAGAAAUCGCUCUCCAUAAGCACUUGAAACACCGGAAUAUUGUCCAGUAUUUGGGAUCAGUUAGUCAGGAUGGAUAUAUCAAAAUCUUCAUGGAGGAGGUCCCAGGAGGUGAGAUUCUUCUUUCUAAAAUGAAUAGUUUGGGAUACUGUACCAGGGUAAAUGGAAGAAUGGCAUGUGGGGCAUUUAUCAUGCAUGGGGGAACAAGGCAUUCCUGGUGUCAUAUCUGGGUCCUUUAUAAAAUAGUUGAGAGAUCACUUAGUCAACGACUCCAUUGUCAUUUUACAUGGCAUUGCUUUGAAUGUCCUCUGCCACUGUCAUCCUGUUCAUAUCUUUAUACAGGUGAAUUUCAUCACAGUCUAUCAGUCCCUGCAUUGGGACACCUAAAGGAAGGGGGUGAGAGCAGGCAGCCUUUGGAAUUUAAGCUCAAUGGCCCUUUCCUGAGUCGAAGCUGCUCAAUCCCAGGUCCGUCUGCCAAAAGCAGCUCACCAAAACAGGAGUUUCUGAGUGUGCUUGAGGAACAAGUGGAUGAUUUUAGUGCCCCAUCUUCACCUGAAGAAAAUGCUGGACUGUUCCUCCUGAAGAAAGACAGUGAGCGCAGAGAUGCGCUGUUCAAAAUCCUGACAGAGAACUGUGAAACUGUGGUCCAGACCAUUCUAGAAGCGCAGGCACAGAACUCUGACUCCAAGUUAACAUCUGAACACAUCCGGCAACUGGUGACCUGCCUGACAGAAUACAUUCGAACUUCGGACCACAAGCUGAUUGUCAAGGUCUUGUCGAACCUGCAGACAGAGCUACACUUUGACAAAGGAGGGCUCAACGAAAUCCAGAUUGUCAUCUUCAGCUUCCAAGAUGCUGUGAUUAAACUCCUUCGCCGUAACCAGAUUAAACCUCAUUGGAUGUUUGCCCUGGACAACAUUAUUUGCAAGGCCAUGCAGAUAGCCUUAAGCAUUCUCAUCCCAGAAUCGAAGCCCCAGAGUCAGGGCUCCUUUGACGAAGAGGCAGAUGAGCACGGCACGGACAACAUUCCGGGGAAGUGGAGCGGGAGUGAGUCUGACGUGAGGGAACGGGAAGCUCUGGAGCUGCAGAUGGAUGGUGCAGGGACCUCGGGUGUGAGCACGCUCAGUCGCUCCAUGUCCCAUGAUUCCCAACAAUACGCCUGCCCCCUGAUUGUGCAGCUCAGCAGAUUGAGGGCAGAAUCAAACCGCCUUCUGGAAGACCUUGCAGAGAAAGAGAGAGAGUUCCAACAACUUCUACAACUGACAAUCCAUCAGAAGGACCACAGCCUUAAGUCACUACGAAAGAGAUCAGAAUCCUCAGAUGUCUACUCAGGCUUCCAAUCAGCUCCUGUGGACUCUGAAACAGAGGAGCUUACACAGUGGCUGUUAACAGCUCAAGUUGAUAAACAAACAAUUGACAAGAUUGUAGCCAAUGGAUACACGCUGCAAGACCUCUUGACUGAUGCCACAAGAGAUGAUUUGAAAUACUCCCGGAUCAGGGGUGGAAUGCUGUGCAGACUCUGGGCUGCAAUCAGUGCCCACAGGAAGACGAAAGGCAAGAUAUAGGCACCGGCCAACCCACUGCUCAGUUUCCGAAACGAGACUUCGCCUCAGGCCAGGGCUGGACUAAACGCCACGAUAGAGACACGGGCGAAAGGCCCAUCACAGCAGGGAGAGGGCUGAGGUAGAUACUGCAGAUUGUCUCCCACUGUUGGCAAUGUUACAACUGUGGGUGCCAUGUGUUUAAUCUCAGAGCUGCACUGAUUUCAGGUUUAUUUAACCCACUGUGCAGCAUCUCACAACUGGAAACAUGUUGAUGUUCACACUUUGUGCUGGUUCAAUGACUGGGAUGUGUGUGUAUGAUCAUAACAUUGUUUACAUCACAAAUAACCAGCACGACCCACAGGGUCUGAUAUUUUAGGAGAAUGUGUAGAAGGCAAUAUAUGUAAUAAAUGUUCUUUGUAGGUGAUCCAAGUUCCUGAAAAGCACUUGGAUUACAGAUUGUCUCACUUCAACUCAUUUACUGUGGAAUAAGCAGGGCCACCUAUCAUAAUCCCAGUGUGCACAACACUGAACACCACUCAGCAUACUCUUACUAAUCGAGUCUCUAAGCAAAUGGUUUUAAAACUUGUGUUGUUAUUGUUGACUAGGAGUCUACAAACAAGUGCUUAAAGAGGUCAUCCCACUGUAGAGGAUCCAGUUUUUUUUUACAAAGCUGGUUCGGAAUUUUAAACAAACCAUCAACACAGCUGGAAUUGGAAUCCUGCAAGAUCUGGAGUUGAAUGAUCUUGUGUCAUCACAUUUAUUACAUUCCAAGUUUUUGACUGCGCCGCUGUUAAUUCAGUGGAAUUAACCACCAGGCCCAUUUAACCUGCCUAAGACACUUAGUGAGCUCAUCUAUUGAUUACUGUCUGCAUCGUAUAUUUCUAUAAGGACAAGAACAAGCCUAUUUGCCUAUAGAUUCCAUUCUGCCACGCUACUCAAGUGUGCUUAAUCUGCACCUCGGCUCAGGUGCAUUACCUGCUUUUGCUCUAAGUCCCCCCAAAACCCUAAUACCUAACAGAAAUCCAAGUCUCAAACUGUUCCCAAUGACACUUACUAUCCACAGCUCUUUGAUGAAGAGAACGCUUUUGCUGCUCUCCUCCUGAAUGGCUGAAUUUCAAUAUAACGAUUAUCCUGCCUUGUUCUGGACUCCCUCAGUAGAGAGAGUAGAUUCACUUUAUCCAUUCUCUCAAAUCCUUUUACCAUUUGAAUUUUGCAAUAAGACCAUGUAUCUUGCUUCUAUUUGCAAAGGCAUAUGGUCCAUAUCUAAACAAUGGGUCCUCAUGUCCUAGCCACUCACUGCAUUAAAAAGUUUUUCUCAUGUCUGCAUUUUAUGUUUUGCCUAUGGCCUUAAAUCCACACCCAUUGCUUCUUGAUCAUUCCGAUGCAAUGGGAACAGUUUCUCCCGAUCUACUCUGUCCAAGCUCCUUCUGAUUUUGAAUAGCACUUUCAAGUCUCCUCCAUGGAAAGCAGUCCCAACCGGACCAAUCCAAAACUAGCAAAGCUCUUUAAGGCUUUGAUGCGUAAAUGCUGAGAGGUUGUUUGCCUGUCUACAGAGCAUAGUACUCAGUGUCCUAACUACAGGGAAAGAAGGCUAACUGCUGAGGCCUAAAAUGAGGAGAAAGUUUCUCACUCCGAGAGUUGUGAAUUAUUGAACUCUCUAUCCAGGGGACUUCGAAGAUUGUGCUGAGAUCAGUAAAAUUUUGGACAUUGGGGAAUAUGGAGAUACUGCUGGGCAGUGACAUUCACACUGGAGUUCAACAUGAUCUUAUUGAAUGGCAGAGAAAGCUUCAGUGAUCAGAUAGCCAGUUCUGAAAAAGGAUCAGUGGACCUGAAACAUUGACUCUGCUUUGUCUCCACAGACCUGCUGAGUUUCUCCAACUGUUUUUGUGUCAUAUGGCCUAUUCCUGCUUCUUAUCCUGUCCAACCCUCUCAGAAACACACCUUGUCCAGUAUUGUUAUAAUAGUGACACCUUCCGGCCAUCAGUUUGGAUUGCCCCAAUCUCAGCCAUGGCUCAGUGGUAGCACUCUCGCUUAAAUCUAAAGGCUGGAGUUCAAACCCCACUCCAGAAACUUGUGCACAAAACCCAAGCUCCCAGUGCAGUACUGAAGGAGCACUGCACUACUGAAAGUGCCAUCUUUCUGAUGGGCUGUUAAACCAAAACCGUGUUGAUCCUCUUGCGUGAAUGUGAAAAAAAUCUAUUAAACUAUCUUUGAGAAUGCUAGGGAGUUUCCCCGCUGUCCUGGUCAAUGUAUGUCCUUCAAACAAAAUCACUAAGUCUGUUUAAUUAACUGUUUAUCUCAUUGCUGUUUGUGCAAUCAUGUUGUGAAUUUCGCUGUCAUCUUUCUUACACUGCAGCAGUGACUACAAUUCCAAAAAAAAACUUUAUUGCCUGUAUAUAAGUUUAGGAUAUCUGGUGGCUGUGAAAGACACUAUAAAUGCAAGAUAUACUUUGUUUCCAUUAAUGACUACUGUUCACAAAAGUGUAUUGAAUUGGCUUUGGAACUUCCUGGGGUUAUGAAAAAAUGGAUGUGAAGUAUUCUUCUCUGUACAAAAGAAAUGCCGUUGUGACAACAUUUUCUUUGUAACAUGUAAAAAUGCAAAAUUUAUCUUCUAUUGAGAUAUUUUGUUUAAUAAAAAAUAUUUUUCUUAA